GACUUCCGACAGACACCGCGGUUUCCACGGUCGAGCUGGGAAGCCCCACCUUUUGUGUUUUCCCGCACCGUCAAUCAAAAUACAGAAAAAAAAGAAAAAAAUCGACCCGAAUCUCCGAUCACAGCCCGCCUUUGAUUAAAACAAAUCAUGUUCGGAGUUUAAAUGAACAGAUAACCUCUCGACCCCCCCUUUUUUUCGCGCUAUGACUGGUACGUAACACUUUAAGCCGAUCGAAGCACAACACGGCCGGGCCCCAGAACAGUCAGCGAAACAGCAGGAAAUGGCUGCCUUGGACGUGGACAGCAGUCAGAGCGAGUUUCUUCAGUCCGCCAGCUGCGCCUCGGACCAGCAAACAACAGACCUCUCGUCCAUCCAGCUCACAGGCUCAAGCGACCGAUGGGAGGUGCUGACACCAGUUUCCACAGGCAAAGACGAGUCAGGUGUAGUACACCUACCCAGUGGGGGACUUGUGGGCACCAAUGGGCAGUAUGUGGUCCCACUGCAGACUAUGGCAGGACAGACUCAGCCUGUUUUUGUUACAGCAGGGGCAGAUGGUACCUGUGCCAAUGGUGUGCAGUACCAGGUCAUCCCACAGCUCCAGAGUGCAGACGCAGCAUCAUUGGGCUAUGCUACUUCGACUGCUGAUGGAGCUGCACUGGGUACAGACAUUGCCAUACUGCCUGACGGGACCCAGGGCAUCUCCACGUCAACUAACGCUAACGAUCUCCAGAGUCUCCUGGCCCAGGCUGGGCACGUGCAACAGAUUCCUAGUGUCUCAUUGACCGGAACAGGGUUCGGAGGUCAGGGCCAGGUGGUGGCUAACGUCCCUGUUGGAUUGCCUGGCAACAUCACAUUCGUGCCGCUCAACAGUCUAAGCAAUGCAGACCUGGAGUCUCUGGGGCUGGCUGGUGCUCAGACCAUCGCCACAGGUGUCACGGCUGACGGGCAGCUCAUCAUGUCCGGCUCAGCCGCCACCUCGAGUGAGAACGCAGGUGAAGCAGUGAUGGACAAGUCCACGCAGCAGCAGCUGACUGCUAGCAAUACAAUUGCUAACGCAAACACCUUCGUGCCCACAACCAGCGCCACCUCAGCCACGUCGCUCCCUGAGACGAUAGAUGGCACGGGGGUCCUGACUCAAGCCACGGCCGUUUCUGCUGGGCAGCAGGACCCGUCCUUCGUGCAGCAGAACCACGCGGCUACAGCAGAGCCUGUGGUGCAGCUUCUUCCUGCUCAGUCUGCAGAUGGCACAGCGCAAGCAUUGCAAAGUGUGCAGCUGCUUAAUGCAGGAACCUUCCUGAUCCAGGCCCAAACUGUCUCGCCGACAGGCCAGAUCCAGUGGCAGACCUUUCAGGUGCAGGGUGUCCAGAACCUGCAGAAUCUCCAGCUGCCAGCAACUAGCGGGGUGACUUCACCACAGAUCACUCUCGCUCCUGUACAGACCUUGUCACUUGGGCAGCCCGGGACAACUACAGCCGGGCAGAUCCCCAACCUGCAGACUGUCACGGUAAACUCCAUCACUCAGUACCAACCAGAUGACAACACGGAGAGUCCUUCAGAUAUUCAUAUUAAGGAGGAGCCAGACUCAGAUGAUUGGCACUUGAGUGGAGACUCCACCCUGAACACCAAUGACCUGUCACACCUUCACGUGCGAAUGAUGGAUGAGGAUCUGCAGGGUAUGGGUCAGGAAGGGAAGAGGCUACGUAGAGUUGCAUGCACUUGCCCCAACUGCAAAGAGGCAGGGGGGAGAGGUUCGGGUACAGGAAAGAAGAAGCAGCAUAUAUGCCACAUCCCAGGCUGCGGUAAGGUGUAUGGAAAGACGUCUCAUCUGCGUGCUCACCUCCGCUGGCACUCUGGGGAGAGGCCCUUUAUCUGCUCCUGGAGCUACUGUGGCAAAAGAUUCACUCGCAGUGAUGAGCUGCAGCGCCACCGGAGGACCCACACAGGGGAGAAGAAGUUUGUAUGUCCGGAAUGUUCAAAGCGCUUCAUGCGGAGCGACCAUUUGGCCAAACACAUUAAAACUCACCUGAACAAAAAAGGGCUGAACUCUGCCUCUGCAGCGGGGCAGACAGAAGCUGCCGCCCCCUCGGACAGCAUCAUCGCCGGGGGCGGGGCCACCCUCAUCUUGACCAAUCUGCAACAGGCCGGCGCCCAAGACCUUCUCUCCAACGCCGACCUUCCACUCCAGCUGGUCACUGUGUCUGCCAGCGAGGUCCUGGAGUAACCAAAAGUCCUGCCCACUUUCACAGCUCGCUGGCUUUUCACUAUCAAUUUUUAUAUAUGUCAUUAAAUAUAUAUAUAUAUAUAUAAAUAUAAAUAUAUAUUUUAAAAAAAUGAAUUAUCCAUUUAUGUUCAGUAGCAGUCUUUUUGUACAAACGUCAAGAAAAAAAAAAGUGUGGUUUCAGUCCUCAUGCCGACAUGAACACACAAGUGCACACACACACACACACACACGACACGUACACACACACAUAUAUAUGUACGGUCUGUCUCAUACUUGCAUAUAUAGUAUAUACAGACACACUAACACACAGAAAUGCCUUAUUUUGUAUCAUACUCUGUAGAAUACGAUGCUGGAGUGCAUGUAUUUUUACUUUUGCUGAUCUAAUUGUUCAGGGGAUGAUGAUGUGAGUGUGUGUGUGUGUGUGUGUGUGAAUGGGAGAGUGAAAGUCAUGGUACAGGGAGAUUAUGAAUUGUGAGUUGUUAGUGUGCGUGUGUGUAUUUUAUGAUUGUGUGAUAUAUUGGCAGCAGGAGAGGGAAGUGGUGUCCUCUGAGAGGGAGGUUCUCAUCUGUCCAUUUUCUUUUCUUUCUCUUUUUUUUUUCAUUCUUCCUCUCCUCCUCAUCCCUCUCUCUUGCUGCUGGCCUCGGUCCAAAUGUGUCUUCACUUUUUCUUUUUUAAAUUUCAAUUAUUUUUUUUUUUGUAGUCCAAUUUUGGCUCUGUGCUUUGUCCUUUUUUUUCUAUUUUUCGUUUCUUUGUUUUCCCAAGUUUUGCUUUUCUGUCGUCCACAUGCAACAAUUAUCCAGGCGACAGUGUCAAACCAUUAUGUAAUAUCUUCUUUUCUUUGUGUUGUUUUUUUCCCGUCUGUAACUUUUUUCUUUUGCUUUCUUUCUUUUUUUUUCCAGUCCCAAGCUGUUUAUAGCUGCCAUUUAUUUUAGUAUAUAACUGAACUGUUGUAUCAAAGACUCCUCAUUUUAAUUACUUUUUAAAUGUGUAAAAUGUAUUGUUACUUUUGUACAACUUUCUUUUGUUUUCCCCCAAACAAUGGAACACAAUUUAAGUCAGAAACCUUCCUAUAACUCUUGAUACUUAACACUUGUUACUAAAGUACUGGUGUGCUUGUUUGUCCUCAUGGAGUGUGUGUGUGUUUUAUCGAUUAGGUGCUUACAUGUCAAUUUAUGCCUUAAUGAAUAUUCAUAAAAUGUGUUGGUAUGUUUAUUUUUUUUUAUUACGUACAGACAAUGCAACAAAAACUGGCUAGAAUAGCAAAAUGUUCCUAUUAUUACUAAGAAAGAACUUGCGGAAGGAUGCUAUAUAAAAUGUGGCACAGACUUUUAACAAUAUUGGGAAUUCUAAGCUUGUGUUAUGUGUAUCCAUAAAAUAAGGAAAUAUACAGAUGUAUAAUUAUAAACUAUACAGAAUUGUAAACUGUAGCUCAUCUGUUUCUCUGCAUACUUUAUUAUCCUGCUUUCAUCCCAUUCUUCAGUGGUCAGGACCCCACAGGAGAGACCACCCCAGAGCAUCUAUUAUUUGGGUGGUGAGCUUGUGAAAAAACACUAUGCCUCUAUCACUAGCGUUGUAAGCCUGGUGGGAGCAUCGGCUAAAAGCGCUGUAUUUCAGAAUGCAGGGGGUGAAAAGAGGUGGGCUAUAUAAGUACAAAAUUACUUUAAGUUGAAGAUUUAACAUUCCUCUGUAUUUGUUAAAAUGUGUUUAUUCAGAGUAAAUGUUGAAAAUGUAUUGUUA